CCAUGUGACCUACUCCUAGAGUGACCAAGUAGCUCUGGAUGUGCUGAGGAGCAGAACACUAACUGAGAGGGAUUAUCCACAAUGGGAGGUUUAGAAACACACAAACUUCUAUGGGUAGUUCAUCUUGCUGUUCUUCUGGCUGGAUCCUUGUCUCAUUCUAACCUUCCACCAUCUGAUGACUAUAGAAAGAUAUAUUUCAACCCUUAUCACUCCCUUAUUCUCCCAGAUGGAAGGGAAACCACAAUCUACCUGUUGAAGGAUAUCACAAAAAGGUAUUAUUUUACACUGGGAGAAAACACGAGCCCUCAUUUCUCAAUCACUGUGACACCCUGUGACGUUCCGAUCGAAUGGAGUAUUUUACACUACAAAAUAUCACAUGCAUUCUAUGGAAAAACAGCAGUAAAAUACCAACCCUUUGCUGACUUGAAGACCCAGUUGUACUACAAGACUGUGUCUACACUUUUCCACUACAAAGGAAACUCUGUUGAAAACUAUGUGGGAACUUUUUUAUAUUCUUCUCUUUUUGUCCUUGAAUUUUUAUCAACUGAGAGAGACACUCACAUCUCAGUGUACCUUACAACUGACUUAGCACAUGGAAGUCUUUUUCCAGAACUUCCAGGGGAUCCUCGGAUUGAUGUCACAACAGUCAACCAUAACUCUGUUUCAUUGGUCUGGAAACCAAGUCCAUCAGCAAUGAAGCAGAAAGACAUCAUAGAAUAUUGUAUUCUAGUAAAUGAAAAACAUAAUUAUAAAAGUAUGUGUGCCGCUGAUACUGCAAUUCGGUCUGCAGGCAGGAAAUGGCCAAAAUUAACAAGCUUUCCCAUCUCAAAGUAUCUUGAAGAAAAUCAACGGGUUAUGCUGAUUUCAAGUAGUGAUUUACAUAUAAUCCACAAAAGCAGCAAUAUGGAGGUUAGGCAGAUAUGCAUUGACAACAAAAAUACCUACACAGUAUCAAAUCUGAGUUCAAACACCCAAUAUUACUUUGAUGUGUUUGCAGUUAACCUGCUAACCAACGCUAGUGCUGCCUACACAGGUACCUUUACAAAGACAUGGUUGGAACCUAAACCCAAGGAUAUACCCCUAAAGGAUGGCAAAAUAGUUCAAAUCAAGUUUGAUGGCAAAAGACCAAAGGCAUAUAGCUUUCAGUAUCAGGCACUGCAUAAAAAGGUCCACUUCACAUUACAAGUAUGCCGAGGCCAAAUGCGGGCUCUUAUUUCAAAAAAUGGCAAAUUAUUAAUUUCUGAAAAUGUUCAAGGUCUAAGACAUAUUACGCUUAAAGGUAAAUUCAUGGAUAAAUACGUCACUGUUUUCAGGUCUGCAGAACCAGUGGAAAAUACAUCCGCAAUGAUUCAGGCUUCAUCCCACAUGCACAAAUCUGUCUUUCCUUUUUUUCCAAAUAGUUUGAAAAUCAAGUCUUUUAACAAACUGAGAACCUGUAACUCAAUAACAAUUGCCUGGCUUGGUACCCAAGAAAGGAACAUGUACUGUGUCUACAAGAAGAAACUUAAAGAAGACCAAGUUUGGAGGGAAAUAUCUAGUGUUGACAAUUGCUCAGGACCAGAAUCACGGCCAAAAUCUGAGAAGGUUUUGUGCAAAUAUUUCCAUGAAAUCAAUGUGCAAAGAGCAGUAACUACAGAAACAAUUGGAGGUUUAGAAAGAGGCACGUCCUACCGGUUUGAUGUCUAUCUUAUUGGUUCUUCAGGACUGCUGGUUAGAUAUCAGAGCAAAAUUGUGAAAACCAGAAAAACAUGUUGA